CAAUCAUCCACUCGGCUGAAUAAAAUGUCGCCACUUUUAAAAACAAAAAGAAAGAUUAAACCGUUUUCUCCGUGUGGAACUCGCGUUUUAUCGUACACCCAAAACGUUGCUUAAAUUGAUUUUGCAAAACGCUGAUUUUGCUUCUUAUCGGAGAUUUUUUUGGGGGCAACGGAGAAAUUUGUUUUAGGGCUUUUUGCUUAUCAUCGUCGUCUCAGAUCCUGCUAAAAGGAAAAAUCUUUUGUUCUAGAUUUCUUCACUCUCGUCUUUUGAUCUCUUGGGUUUUUCCCUGUUGGUGUCACCAUCGUUCUCGUUUCUUCGAUCGAUCGUUGAGUCACCGGCGUUAAGCCCGACUUGAGUUCCUUAGAUAAUUUUAAGAUUAGGUUGUAAAAAUUUGAAUUUGGUGGGUUUGGUUUGAUGAUGUUGACCCAAACUGUUGGGGUUUGAAGUAAUAUGGAAGUGGAAGAUUAACAAAGAAGAAGAUAAUGACGCUUUAUAUUCGCCGCGAAGCUUCCAAGCUAUGGAGGAGAUUUUGUUCGGAAAUAACAACGGAGAUUGGUCUCCUCGCUGAGAACUGGAAAUACCUUCUUGCUGGUCUUCUCUGUCAGUAUAUUCAUGGUUUAGCUGCCAGGGGAGUUCAUUAUAUUCAUCGGCCAGGACCAACGCUUCAAGAUUCUGGCUUUUUUGUUCUUCCGGAGCUUGGUCAAGAUAAAGGCUUCAUAAGUGAAACUGUGUUCACUUGUGUAUUUCUUUCAUUUUUCCUGUGGACUUUCCAUCCUUUCAUCGUGAAAAGCAAGAAGAUAUACACUGUGUUGAUAUGGUGCAGGGUUCUCGCCUUCUUAGUUGCUUGUCAGUUUCUCCGUGUUAUAACAUUCUAUUCAACUCAGCUUCCUGGCCCUAACUAUCACUGUCGAGAGGGUUCUGAGCUUGCCAGGUUGCCAAGGCCACAUAACGUUCUUGAGGUUCUCUUGCUCAACUUUCCUCGUGGUGUGAUAUACGGAUGUGGAGACCUGAUUUUCUCAUCGCACAUGAUAUUCACACUAGUCUUUGUCCGCACUUACCAGAAAUACGGUUCUAAAAGGUUCAUAAAGCUGUUAGGUUGGGUCAUUGCCAUCUUGCAAAGCCUCUUGAUUAUUGCGUCCCGUAAACAUUACACUGUUGAUGUGGUUGUUGCGUGGUAUACUGUGAACUUGGUUGUCUUCUUCCUCGACAAGAAAUUACCAGAAUUGCCUGAUCGAACAACGGCAUUGCUCCCUGUGAUCUCAAAAGACAGAACCAAAGAAGAGAGUCACAAACUCUUGAAUGGGAACGGUGUUGAUCCUGCAGAUCGGAGACCGAGGGCUCAAGUGAAUGGCAAAGACAGCAAUGGAGGUCACACUGAUAAUGCUACUAAUGGCACAUGAGAUCUCUGCUCGACUCUAGUUUUCAGGUUUUUGAUUGUUGUUAAAUGUUGAUGACAUCAUUAUUGAUCCAGAAAAGAGCGCGAUGCAGUCUGUAUAGUUCCAGUUCCUUGUUUCUCAAGCAAUCCGAUGUUUGUGUAGUAGUGGCUUUUAGGGAUUUCACAAUUUGACAAAGGAUAACAUGACUAAAAACAGAAACAUAACCAUUUUAGGUUAACAUCAAACGUUCGCUUAGCU